AUGGACCACCGCGAUGCCGGAUCGCCGUUGGACCUUGGACCACCGCGAUGCCCGAGCGCCGUCAAAUCUGAAUACCAGCAAGAACAAGUGCUCCGAUGGUGCGGGUGUAUGGUAGUCGAUUUGUGGGUGAUGAUGAUUGACGGAGGUCGCAGUGGAAGGAGCUAUGGUAAGUGUUUUAGCGAGGGUGAGAUGGUAUUAUUUAGAGGGCUUGCUUAUAUGCACACAGUUCCGAGGGUAUGUCAUAGGGAUAUAAAACCUCAGAAUAUUUUGGUUGAUCCCUCUUACACACCAGGUCAAGAUUUGGUGAAGCAAAUAUAUCAUACAUUUGCUCGCGUUACUACCGGGCCCCGAAACUCAUAUUUGCUGCAACAGAAUAUUUGGUCUGCUGGUUGCGUUCUUCCUGAGCUUCUGUUAGGACAGCCACUGUUUCCUGGAGGAAAUAUGGUUGACCAACUUGUAGAAAUUAUCAAGGUUCUUGGAACUCCGACUCGAGAAGAAAUUCGGUGUAUGAAUCCAAAUUAUACUGAUUUUAGGUUUCCUCAGAUUAAAGCUCAUCCAUGGCACAAGAGUGGAGGUGCCUCUUCUAUUAGACCUUCAUGUUUCCUUCUGUAA